AUGCAUAAAAAAGGUAUAACCGAGGAAAUUGCCAAAAAACGUACCCGUCGAUCGGUUAAGCAUCAACGAGCAAUUGUUGGAGCGUCGUGGGAAGUCAUUAAGGCUAAACGUAAUCAAAAACCUGAAAUGAGAGAGGCCGCUCGUGCGCAAGCCCUUCUGGAAAUAGAAACUCAUAAAGGAUAG